GGCAGCUGCAGUUCCCCUCGUAAACACACUCAUAUAGCCAGUGUGCAAGAAGGAGCAAGGACAUACCUUUUUGCCAGGAAACAGGAGAUGUUAGGCGUUUGCACUUAAUAUCAUCGUUUGCCAUUGCAAAAAAAACUUCAUUUUUGAGAGUCUUAUUGUCGUUUUUGAUAGAUUCCAAUCGCCGGACAGAUCUGCCAAUAAAGGACUAUUUCUCCUGCUGGACCUGAAUGUAAGAUCGCGAGGAUAAAGAAGUCAGGAAUCAAAAGCCAUCAUCAUGGAUUUUGUUAUGAAGCAAGCGUUGGGAGGAGCUACCAAAGACAUGGGGAAAAUGCUGGGUGGGGAAGAGGCUGAGAAGGAUCCUGAUGCGGAGAAAAAGGAGGAGGAACGACAAGAGGCACUUCGGCAACAGGAGGAGGAGAGGAAGGCAAAAUAUGCAAAAAUGGAAUCGGAGAGAGAAAACGUCCGACAGGGCAUCAGGGAUAAGUACGGCAUCAAGAAGAAGGAGGAGAAGGAAGCCGAGGCCCAGGCUGCUUUGGAUCAGGCAGCAGAAGGGAGUCUCACCCGCCCAAAGAAGGCUGUCCCACCCGGCUGCGGAGACGAGGAGGAGGAGGAGGAAAGUAUCAUGGACACCGUCAUGAAAUUCCUUCCUGGUCCACUUAUGGAUAUGUUCAAUAAAAAGUAACAGUGUUGGCGAUAUUAGAUUGUUAACCUUCCAACACACAUAACCAAGACCACCACCCUAACCAACCCUUCUCCUUCACCCAUACAUCCUUGUUCUAAGAGCCCUGGUUGAAUCAAGAUGCCAUAAUAUUUGUCCUUAACUUAAAUGAUCUGUGUUACAUUGUCUUAUGUGGAAGGAAGACCACUGAUUGGUGAUACUAUGAGACCUAUGUAGCAUCUGCAUAGAUCCAAAACAUUAACUUAAAGACAAAUUUGAUGUCAGGUUUUCAAGGUGUCCAGGCCUUAGAAUGUGAUCUGAGAUCAACCACAAUCCACCCUUUUUGUUUGUAGCCUCUGGUUUAAAAUAAAUAUAUGUGGUUAUCAGAAAAUAUAUUAAAAAGUCUAAGCCAUAAUUUAAACUUUUGAGAAAUUCUCCAAAUCAUAUCAAAUUUGAUUGAAUUUAGCUGUUUAUUGCUUCUCCAUUGAGACUUCAUCCAUAUACGGUUCUACGUCCCAAAACAUUCAUAGGUUCUAAUGUAAAAUAAAUUAUAAUAAUGGUAAUAGUAAAAAUGUGGUGAACCAGAAAGAAUUCUACAAGAAAUGUUUUUCAAGUAUGCAGUUAAUAUAUUUUUUUGGAGGACAGUACAUGUGCAAAUUCCAUUUAAUUUGUUAUGAUUAAGUGAAAUACAUUAAUACUGAGGCAAUAACGCUGGUUUUCAAUUUUGUUUCAAUGACACCACUACUACUAUGUACAGUAGGCUAGACAUAAACAUCCUAACUGUUCUUCCAAGGGAUGUCCACGAUAAAAAUGAAAAUGCUCAACAAUGAACCAAACAACAUUGGCAACAUUCCUGAUGUACCUGUGCUUAGUACAAACCAAUAGAGUUGUAUGUCUUGUUGCUAACUUUAUCUGCUUCGCUCCUAUAAAGUAGUACUUGUGGGAAUCAAAUCCGGGCAAUUGGACGCAGAUGCUUACUCUUCUUAUUUCCAUGUCUGUAAAUAUAGAUUUAACGAGAUGUACUCAUCAUUUUCUCAAGCACAACUAUGUUGUGAACACACUUUAUGUGAACAGACAGUGACAAUGGUGCAAUAUACAGUAUUGUUCAAGGUUUUCCUGUUAACGAAAUGGAGUGCAGUCCUGAAUCAGCAAAAACAGACACUUCAUUGUUAUGUGUUGAGCUUAAUACGUUUUGUGUGUCAGUGUACAGACACAGCGCUGUCUGACUAGUAACGGCAAAGCAUACGAACUCCGUCUGAAAUGUGAUGUGGGGAAAGAGGUGGAGGUUUGGCUUAACGUAAGGGGUUUGUUCGGACAGCAUUUGAACCGGUGAGGGUCCUUGUCUCUCAGUGGGAUUUGGUUUGUGGUUCUAACAUACCGGUAAAUUGUGAGAAUGCAGGACAAGACAGGUAAUUAGUAAUAGCUUAAGACGCAUGUAUACACCAUAGGAAAGAGUUGUCCUCCGCUGAGUUUGUAUACAUGUCAAUGUUAUCCAUUUUGAUCCCAGAGAUCAACAUGUACAUUUCCCCAGAAGUUGCUGUGCUUUAGUUCUACCACAGAAUUAUUUAUUGAAAGUUAUUGAAAGUAAUUUCAUAAUUUUCAAUCUAUUUCUUAAUUUCUUAAUUUCAAAUGAAUUAAGCUGGACCGUCUGCUUCAAAC